GAAUAUCAUUGGCAUGGUUGAUUGUGCAGCUGUUCUUGGCAUGAGGAAGUUUUGAAAACAUUUCCAGUCAGUGGAAAGGCUUUUAGGGAUUAAAGAAGAUAACUAAUAUCUUAUAAAGUUCUACCCUACAGUAUCUCAACACUUGGAGGACCUGGUAUAUAUGGACAUACAGAAUGAUAGUGGCAUGUACAGUAACUGUAUAACCAUGACCAGCAAAAAGGAUGUGAAUGACUUUCUUGGAAUUUUAACUUUGACACAGUGAUAAUAGUGAAUAUUGUGUAAAUCUGGAUUAUAGAGGCAUUCACUCAGGACUGUACAAUGAGCAAUGUUCAGUAGACUGGUUCUCGAUGUGUUCGCUACAUGACAACUGUGUUGAGGCGUGUCACACCUGAUUAUGGGACAUGGUAGCAGUACGGAGAGCCACGCCCAUCUCCACAGUCACGUGCUGUACGUUUUGUUCUUCUUAUUGUCUGUCAUCAUCUCAGGGACCAGUGCCAUUAGAUAUGUCUGGAAAACAGGUUUAUGGAUGGAGUGCCAACACUACAGCUGUGGGAAGGGAGGAUCUCAGUUUAGAUCUGUGUAUUGUGGGGAGGCAGGCGAGUACAAGUACAAUGAAUAUGAUGCAAGCAUGUGCUCACACUUGCCUAAACCAAAGAAUGUGCAGGAAUGCUUCAAGGUGUGUGAACAGCACCAGAACGCUCUCAGAUGGGCCGUCACUGUGUGGUCCGACUGCACUCUCCGUCCAGAAUUCCGUACAUGUUCCAUCAAACAUGGCAUCCGUUACAGAAAUGUUACAUGCGUGUGGAGAGAAAAUGGGCGUGUGGAGGACGAUAAUGUGUGUUCUGAGUUUGAACCGAAACCGGACACGGAAGAGAGCUGCGAUUUAAAGUGUCCACAAAAUUGUGUUGUAUCAUUGUUUUCCUCAUGGAAUAUAAAUAACUGUGAUAAAUGCCGAAUUGUAAAUAAAACUCGGACGCGAGAGCUGAUUAUUCCCCCAGCAAAUGGCGGAAUUUCGUGUCCGACAUUUACUGAAAUGUUUCCUUGUGAUAACUGUGCUGAUAUAUAUACUUACAAGAUUGGAGUAUGGGAUGAAUGUAUGCCAUACAAUAUGACUUCAAAGAUAAGAGGACAAGUUCACCCUCAAAUUGGAUAUCAAAAGAGAAAUAUUCAUUGUAUAAACACUUAUGGAUCUAUUGUUUUAUAUAAGCAUUGUGUAGAAUAUUUACGCUCAACUGUGUCACAGCUUGUUAGCAGCCAAACUUGCAUCAUUCCACAAGAUUGUAUUGUGUCCGAAUGGUCUCAGUGGUCUCCGCACAACUCCAGCUGUGUGAGGGAAGAUGGUUCACGCAGCCAGGGGUACAUGGUUCGAUCUCGCAGUGUUCUACAAAUUCCCUUAGGUGCUGGCAAACCCUGCCCAAAUCUCAUUCAUUACUUUCCAUUAAAGCCAGUUGAUGAGACAGCUUGCAUAAGUGAAAUUGAGGUGGUUCUUCCCCCUUUAAAAAUUGACAAAACCUACUGGAAGAUGUCUAGCUGGAGUGAAUGUAAGAUCCCAGCUGGGAGCUAUGGGUGUACAACAGGUCUUCAAACCAGAAAUGCUUUUUGUGUACAGAACAGUGAAAAUGGCAAGGAAAAACCAAUACCAGAUGGCUAUUGUAAAGAAAGACGACCUUUGACCUCUCAAACGUGUCGUGCAGAAUGUGACCUUGACUGCACUGUCUCCCAUUGGACACAGUGGACAGAGUGUAAAGUAACUGACUGUGAGCUGUAUCUCAGACGUAGAAGGGCCAAUGAGGGUACAGGCCAGAGAUACAGAACCAGGAAAGUUCUAACUGAGGUCAGGGGUAGAGGCAACAUGUGUCCACACCUUAGUGAGACCCAGACCUGUGACCCACAGCCUUGUUUCCACUGGAACAUGACAGUUGGACUCUGCCAGUUACUGAACCCUAACACAUCACCUCCGUGUGGUCUUGGCACUGCAUACAGAACUAUCUCUUGUGUUAAUAAACUUGGAUUACGGGUAGCUGACUCUAAGUGUGAGGAACUCAGUGAGAUGCCUAGUAUUAAAGAAGACUGCAACAUUCCAUGUCCUAGAGACUGUAUAUUGUCAAAAUGGAGCCCUUGGUCACAGUGCCCAAACCUCUGUCAGGAAGGGGGCAGCACAGAUGCCCCAAUACAGACAAGGGAGAGAACUAUACUGGCUCAGUCUGGCCCAGGGGGAGCUCCAUGUCCACCAAACAGACAACUGACUGAGAUAAAGACAUGUCCUACAGUCAUUGAGUGUGCGGUAUAUGUAUGGCAGACAGAUCCCUGGAGUCCCUGUGCGCCGAGGGAAUCUGGCGUCCAGUGUGGCCCUGGGAUACAGCAACGUGAGGUCGGCUGUUACAGUUUACAGGGUCAAAUGGUCAACGACAUAAGAUGUACAUUGAAAGUGAAACCACCAGCAAAGCAGUCCUGUGAAGUGGCGUGCCCUGUAAACUGUGAGGUCACUGAGUACUCAGACUGGUCACAGUGUAGUGCCUCCUGUUUUGAAGCCACUCAGAUAUUGCCAAGACAAACUCGGGUUCGCCAUAUCAUCCAAGAGCCCAUGUAUGGUGGUGCUCCAUGCCCAAAUAUUCUAUCUGAGGUGAAACAUUGUAACAAUCUGACAUUCUGUGAAGGAUACUACUGGGAUCUUGGUACCUGGAGCAGAUGUAUCCUACCACCACAUAAGAUACCUCAGUGUGGCCAGGGAAUUCAAGCUAGAGAUGUUUCAUGUAGACUAGAGAAUGGCACACUUCAGCCUAUAGAUGUGUGUAUUCGACAUAUCGGUCCUUUACCCCAAACUUCCAAACCAUGUUACAAAUCGUGUGAUGAGGAAUGUGUGUUUGAAGAGUGGUCGGAAUGGAGUCAGUGUAUUAAUGGAUGUAAUGGCAAAAGAUUUCGGACAAGAAAACUUAUCGAAGAUGCUAGAACAGUGACCAAGCUACAGUGCCGAGAUACCCGUUUCUAUCCCCUUGACUCCUUUGAGGAAUGUCUGUGUGAUACCCACCUGCCUGUUGCCAUUGGUAACUGGUCAAAAUGUAUUCUCGAAGCAGAUGAGACUUAUUACAGGACCAGGACAUUCCAAGAUCUUCAAACAGAGAGUGCACCUGGUGUGACUCUUAUCCCACGUACAUCAGCAAGUGUAGGUGUGAAUGCCAUCUGUGGUCCAGGUCAGAGGUACAAGGUGCUUGCCUGCCAGAAUGAGAUCGGAGAAGUUGAAGCUGCUAAUAAAUGCUCACUUAAACCAUACGAGGAGGAAACGUGCCUUAUACCUUGCCCAGUAGACUGUGUCAUGUCAGACUGGUCAUUAUGGACAGACUGCUCCACUUCCUGUGGGACUGGUACACAGAUGAGAUACAGACAUAUAAAACAGAACCCUUCUGAUGGAGGCAGACUGUGUCCUUCUCUAGAUAAUGCCGGAAAGGAGACCCAGACCCGUGUAUGUCAGACAGAUUGUCGUAGGAACAAAUGGCGGACAUACAAGUGGAGUCCAUGUAUGCCUGUACAUCAUGGUGCUAUCUGUGGUAAUGGCUCACAGUCUAGAAGUGUAAGGUGUGAAGUUUUUACAGCACAUGGUUUCAUCAAUGAAGCAUUGGAUGAGAGACUGUGUUUGUAUCAUUUCAAGCCCAUUGAUAGACGGUCCUGCUACUCACCGUGUGUUGGCGAGUGUGUGGUCAGUGAGUGGACAGCCUGGUCAAGAUGUCAGCAGCCAUGUGCAGACCCAAACCAGGUUCAGAUUCGCACCCGCACAGUACUGCGGCAACCCAGUGACGAUCCUAUCCAUGUUUGUCCCAUCCUCCUAGAUGAGAGAUUCUGUAUCAGGGGAGACAACUGUGUAGAGUAUACCUGGAUUUUGACAGACUGGACCAGUUGUCUGGUGAACAAUGGACAAGAUGAGUGUGGGGUGGGACAUAAAGAACGGUACCCAGUCUGUCAGGAUCAAACAGGAAGGAUUGUAGAUGAUGAGCUGUGUGUCUUGGCUCUAGGUGAAUCCACAGAAUUGCUUGUAGUGGCCUGUCAAAUUCCAUGUGAUGUUGAUUGUCUGCUGACAGAGUGGUCUCCCUGGAGUGAAUGCAGUAGUACAUGUGAUCUAGGAGAACAGCUUCGAAUGAGAGACAUAGUGGAGGAACCAAGAGGUAAUGGCCGCCAAUGCCCGGGCAUAUUUGAACAGAGGAAGCCGUGUUUUGUGCAAGGUUGUUACACUUGGAUUGUCUCAGAUUGGUCAGAAUGCACCAAUCAGAAAGGAGUAUGUGGACAUGGAGUUCAGACACGCAAUGUCACAUGUGUAGCCAAUGGUGGACUUCCUGUAAAUGGGACAAAUUGUGAACCUGACCUAGAUAUCAUUAUACUGCCAACAGAACAACCUUGUACAAUACCCUGUCCUGGAGAAUGUGUUAUAACAGACUGGACUGAAUGGAAUGAAUGUUUUAUUGACUGCAAAAACUACGACAGACCUCGUUAUACACGUGGAGUACAGAGCCGAUCACGUGCUGUGUUAGCCCAUUCGCAGAUGAACUAUCCACCAUGCCCGGAACAGUUGUGGGACAGUCGACCAUGUGAGGCCACAAAAUGUUUCACUUUUCAUUGGAAGACUUCAGAGUGGUCUGAAGCAAAGACUCGUAGUGUGUGGUGUGAGCGUUCUGAUGGUUUACGUGUGACAGGUGGAUGUGAAGAACUAGCCAGACCAGCUACUGUGUUAAACUGUAAUCCACUGUGCUCUCUACUCAAUUCUAUCUGCAAUGACACCAACCACUGUGUAUGCCUUCCAGGUCAUGAGCCAGUGUACAACCGUCUGAAUGUCCUUAUAGAGUGUAUCAAGAUGGACAAUUCUACUGAUGCUAGUCCUGCCUCGGACUCUGUCACUUUACCCACGGAUGGUCCAACAAACAUAUGGAUGUAUGCAGUUAUCGCGGCAGGGACUCUGUUUGUGAUAUUCCUAGCAGUGGCAUGUUACACGAUGAGUGAAUUCUUCCACAAGGGACCACGACCAAGAAGCAAAAGGGCUGAUGAAAAAAGUAUAGAAGGUGCAGAUAGACUAGACGGCAUGGUAGCAGAAACUGAGCUUGGCUCAUGUAAUCAUGUGCCGCACGGUGCGCCAAUUAAUAAGUCAGAAGUAGAUAGCAUAUCUGUGAUUAGUGCUGAUAGAACUCCACCACUCUCUCCGAAGGAGUCAACGAAAGUCUCCUCCAUCAUACACGUAUAGGUAACGGUGGACCAGUGCACAGCGCCCCCUGGACUCAUGGUGCGGACUGCAAAUACACGUGCCUCUACAAGGAAGAGAUGGUAUAGCCCGAGACGGUCAUUCCAGAAAGGAGUAGGAGAGAAACUGUCCGUUUAAUGUUCGCUUCCCGUGCAGCUGAUAAAAUAAUUCUAAAGAGUGUUACAAGUGUGUCAUGAUUUAGAAAAUAGUGUGUUUGACUUUAAGCAUACUUUAAACAUACUUUAUAUGUGUUUAAAGAUGAUGUUACUUAAACAUGUCAUGGUGUUGGGGAUUUUGAAAUUCUGUGAAGAAACUAAAACAUUUACAGACGUAGUUGAGUUGUGAUAAAUUAUGAAGGCCUUCGUGUCUAAAACAUACCGGUAUAUUUAUGUGUUUAUCAUACAUAACAAUAUAUAAUACUGAUCAAAGUGUGGGUAAUAUAACAUAUUCAUGAUAAAACACUCGUUUCACUUGUAACAGUUUCAUGGAACAAUUUCAUGAAUGAGGUUUCGCGUUCAAUGAGACUGAAACUCCAUUUCUCUUGCGUGAAGAACACUACGAUGUGUCUUUGAGAGACAAGUGUGAGAAACCACUCACUUUGUUUUAAUGUAUCUAAAGCAGGACAUCCAUCGAGACGGAACACAUGGUUCAAAGUUAGAAAUUGUUAUAACAUUUCACGUGUUAGACGUGUAAAUGGCAAGAGAAUUAACUUAAAUUUUGUAGAAAUUUAAUAUGGAUACGCAUUUAUUGAAGCAACAGGAAUUUGUGUGAUUAGAUUUCUACAGUUGUGCUCUAACCUGCCUUCAUUAUUCUAUGCAGGUUUUGAGGAUAUUUGAUGCUCUAUAGUAAAUGAACAUAUUAACAGUGAAUGCAUGUUGUGAACACACAUUAUCCAAGAAUAGAUAACUUAGUUAUUUUCUUUGCAAAUAUAGAAAGGAAAUAGGAUUCAUACUAAGUUAAUGAAAGCUGCUUUAUUUUGAAAUAUAAGGAUUUGAUGUUUUCUUGGUUUUAGUUUUAGUACUGUAAAGGGGUAGUUCCUACUGACACGUGGUUGUACAUAACCAUUAAUGUCAGUAGUUUCCGCAGCGAGAAGGUAAUUUUAGAUACGGUCUUAAAUAAAGACCACAUAAUGACUCUGUAACUUAUUGAAAAGUUUUUAGCAAGAUGGUACUUGAAAAUGCUUGAUUUUACGUAUAUAUAUGUUCUUUGUCAAUAAAAAAUGCAUGUUUGAAUGUGCAAGCCUACGCGUAAAAAUACAAUACACAAUCCAUGUAUUAAUGACAAUGACAUGUAGAACAACCACUUAAACCCCUGGCUGUGAAACAGCAGUGGGGUUUGGCAAUAUUGUCUGUGCGACCAUCCGUAUAUCUUGUCUGGUAAUAGGUCACCUUCCCUGUCUGCCUUCUUGUUUUUUAUUUUUAAAAUUGACACCACACCUGUUAAUGCUUCUGUUGUACAAAGUUUAAUUCAAUGACAUGACUAAAGGUCGAAGUUAAGUAGGAACAUUUUCAUGUCUUUUAUAUCCCGAGUGAUUGUGAUAUAACAUGAUGUAUUGAUGUAUGGAAAUAAAAAUGCUAAAUGUCUAAAUUCAUGUGAUUGACAAUAAUCUUAUUUCUUAGUCCUUGCUGAUUUAGAUUCAAGAAUGUUUCAAGUUGGAUUUUCAGAUGAUUUGGCCUCGCAUAUAUAUAAUAUUACUAAGAUUUGAAGUUGAAUUACUCCAAUGUUUCUUAAAGUUAGCUCUUUUUCGAAAUCCAUGUGCAAUAUUUGGUAUUUAACUGAAAGUCUUUGAACAAAGGGAUUUCUACGUAUAAAAAUGGUAUCCGUAGAUAUCUUAAACCAUUAUGCAGGAAAUAGUUUAAAAUUACUGAGCAACCACUCUUUGUUUACUGUAACACUGAAUAUUUUGUCACUUAUACUUAUCAAGAGAGAUAUUUACAAAAAUUAGAUAAUAGCAUGGUAAUGAACUGCCUAUAAUGAAUCGGCAUAUUUCAUCUUUUCAUGCACAAUGGGGAAAUGAAUACUCAGCCUGUGCCUGUUUCGAGUGGUUAUCUUGUAAAAGUGUUGUCUGAAUAUAUCGCCAUCUCAUAUCACCACAGUAAAUACUAUGGUUGAUCAAGAAUAAUGCCACUGCGUCAAUGACGCUUAAAUUCAUAGUUGUAUCAUUAUAAAAAUAAAUCAGGCUGUACGCUAAUUCAAUUCUGAUUAUACUGAUAAAAUUCAUUUUCUAGGAUUUUGAUUAGACAUAGAUGUUCCAGAUGUACUUCGGGCGUCAUUUCGCUGCGAGCUAAAUGCCAACAGAAAAGUACAAUCAUAAGUUAGCUUCAAACUGUCAAAGCAAAUCACAUGAAAUCGUAACGUUGUUUAGUAAUAUCUUUCUGUCUUCUACUGUUAAAACUGUAGUGAUGUAUCACAGCGAAAGGACCUUUUGUAGGGCUAACACAUGUAAAUGUCAAUUUCUGACGUCAUUGACGUGCGGCAUUCGUCGUUACAAUGCUUUCCAUAAAUCUGAUAUCUCGAGGAAUUUGCAAUAUAUAACUAUGAUGUUUUCAAACGGAAGGUAUUUGAGUAUGAACUUUAGUUUUUGUGUCACCAGUGACAUUUCUUCUUGAUCAACCCUCGUAGUUUAACCAUAUUAAAUUAACUUUAUGUAAUAUUGAUUAUAUCAAGGACACGUUAUAAAUGGAACAGUUAUUUAUUUGUAAAUAUGCCAAAUGUCUCUUACGGUAUCUCGUGUGGAUUUUAUACCAGAUAUGAUAUAACAAAUUAACUUUAUCAUACAUAUAGAUUUUGUUGGGUUUACACAAUUAUAGGUAAUAUGGCGACUUUUCAGCUUUGCAUGGUCGAGCAUCAAGGCAUCACUCCCGGCGUUUCAUGCACGGAUCAGGCAUCUGGAUAGAACCACCGACGUUCAACAAGACAGUUGGAUGGCUUCCCGUACAUAAAAGAAUUCUACCUCAAGCAUGAUUUGGAAUCCAGUGGUGAAGGGCAAGUGAUUCUUUGUCAGCGACCUUAACCACUUAACACGGAGCCAAUCCUUCCACCCCGCCUCAUACAUAUAGAGAGCUGCUUUUCUGUAAGAAAAAUUGUAUCUAGAACUUAAGUAUCCGUUAAAUGAAACCAGUAAAGUACAUAUUAAUUCUUCAGGCGAGUUAAUUUAUGUAAAUAUAAGAAAUGACUUUUUUCGACGUUCAUGCGAAAUGAACGACAUAAUAGGAUCGACAAAUUAAACACGCAUUGUAUUUUUUUUUGUAAAUCUAGAAAGUUGCUAUGUGACUUGUAUGGAUGAUCUGAACCAAAAGCAAAACAAAACAUAAAUGAUUGUUAACAAUUUAAUUAGAUUUCAAAAUUCUUUGAAAGUAGAUCUAUUUAAGGUUGGUUCUAGAUGAUCUAGAUGUUAUUCCCGCUCAGCUGGUAUGUCUGAAUAUUCUGAAUUAUUUGAUAAUCUUUGUAUUACUUUAUGAUGGCCUAAUAUGACAUCUGUUUGAUUUUUUUCAACUGGAUCUGAUAUGUAUAUUUUUGCUUGUUUAUAUAAAACACGGUAAUAUGUAAAUGCCUGUAAUGAAUAUUUUCAUUUAUAUGUAAAAAUGUACAUAAAAUGUGUUUUCAAUUUUUGUUAUGUGUUUUGAUGUUCUUAUGGAUUCUAAAAAAUGUAUCUGUUAAAUGAAAACAGUGAAAAUAAAUUUGGUUGAUUAUU